AUGUUCCGCCCCACCGCGAUCCGGUCUAUCCUGCGGCCGACCUCGAGGCUGCUCUACGCCGAAGCCACCUCGUCGUCGUCCUCAUCUGCAAAGUACCCGGCGUUGCAGCCACACGCGCAUUCGUUACCCGUAGAUGGCUUCGUCGGAGCGGUCGGCAACACGCCCUUGAUCAGGAUCAACUCGCUUAGCGAAGAGACUGGAUGCGAGAUUCUCGGCAAGGUACGCCUGGUCUCUUGAUAGCUUGUCUGCUCAUUGAUCAAUCCGCGUCGAAUGUCGUCGCUUACCAUUCAUUGCGCUCACGGUACGACUCAUCUCAACUUGCCUUCUACCCAGGCCGAAUUUAUGAACCCCGGAGGAAGUGUCAAGGACCGAGCUGCGUUGGGACUGGUGCAAUGGGCAGAAAAGCAAGGUGGGUACAUCUUGGCCCGUCGUGGGUCGGGGUCGACGGCCACACCAGCCCAGCCGCUCACGUGACACGACAUGAUUCUCUGCAGGUCUCAUCAAGUCCGGAGGAACGAUCGUCGAAGGAACAGCUGGAAACACCGGGAUUGGAUUGGCGUGCGUGACGUCUACCCUGAUUAUACCGUCGAACGUCGUCUCUUUGGGUCACCGAGACUGAACCAGCUCUCUCGACCUAUCCGUGCAGACACGUCUGCCGAGCUCGAGGCUACAAGUGUGUCAUUUACAUGCCCAACGCAAGUCCACCCCCCAAUGAUAAACGAUAUGUUCGUAUAGAACAUACCGUCUAAUCGUGGCUCUAAUCAACACACCCACAGACCCAAUCGCAAGAAAAGAUUGACCUGUUGCGCAUGCUCGGCGCAGAAGUCUAUCCGGUCCCUGGUGAGCACAAGCUGCCCCUGUUUUGGCGGAAUGCCCAUCUAUUGACCAUGCAUAUACCUACACCAAAGCCGUUGCAUUCGAGAACCCUGAAAAUUACAACCAUCGUAAGCCUACUAGCGCUUGACACGAGGCCCAGUGCCGCAGCUAACGUCCGAGUUGACACCAUUUUCUUCUGCAGAGGCAAAGCGCCAUGCCGAGCGGCUCGACAAUGCUGCCUGGUGGGUCGACCAUUGUGUGAUUCAAGGCACUUACUGUUAGACUCGCACUGAUCCUGACUUUGCGACCUUGCGCGCAGGGUGAACCAAUUCGAGUUCGUCACUCGCCUCCACUGAUCAUCCAAGCGGAGGAAGCUGACUUGUUGCAAAUUCACCUGCCAGCAAUUACCAUGGUAACCGACAAGCACACAUUGACACGAGCGGCCCCGAAAUUUGGGAGCAAACCCAUCUCCUCCCGGGCGGUCUGCAAGCCUUCAUCUGCUCCACCGGAACCGGCGGAACGCUCGCCGGCAUUACCCGAAUCCUCAAGGAGAAAUCCGAGGGCAAAGUUCAAUGCUGGCUCGCCGACCCUCCAGGCUCGUGUUUAGAAUCCUUUAUCAACCGAGGAACGCUCGAUCGUGUUGGAGGCAGUAUCACAGAAGGGAUUGGACAGGGUCGAGUGACCGAUAACCUCAAGCAGGACAUCGACUUGCUCGAUGGGGCCUUGUUCAUCCCCGACGAAGAGACGAUCAGGAUGAUAUACCAUCUGUUGGACAAGGACGGUUUGUACUUUGGCGCUUCGACCGCGCUCAACGUCGUCGCCGCAAAGAAGCUCGCGCAAAAACUCGGCAAGGGGUCCCGAGUCGUCACCGUCCUCUGCGACGGCGCUUACAGGUGCGUUGCAGUAGCGGGGAAAAGUUUUUCCUUUGUCACGCACAUGUCUGAUCCAUCUCAAAAACGCUGCAGGUAUCAAUCUCGACUCUUCUCAAAGAAGUGGCUCGAAUCAAAGGGCCUCCUCAAGGAAAUACCGGACCACUUGCAGAAAUACGUGGUGCUCGAAUAG